CCAGACAAUUUGCAAAUUCUGUAGUGGGAACUCGGUGGCGUUUCUGGUGUUCUUUAUUGUGUUAUUUUGCCCCCUCGAAUUCCAUUAUCUUCUUGACGGAUUCUAUUUUUACUGUCGUUUGCCGCUAUCGUUUCAUCAUUUCAACCGAGUGUGAGACAACGCUGAUAUUAAGCUGUCAAUUCAUUGGCUGAAACGCCUAUCUUGCUCUUCGUCAAAAAUGGUUCGUAGCCACUGUUUCAUACUUUGCCGAAGACAUUGCCGCUUUUUCCUAAUAUUUCUCUUGAUUUUAAGCUCGAUCCAAGUUGGAUACCAAGUUGAAGGUAGACCAAACCCCAAAUCUGAUAGCUUUUCAAAGGCAGUAAAUGAAGAGAAGGAAAUAUUGAGAGGUCGGAUAGGGUCAAGGCCGCCAAGGUGCAAGAGAAGAUGCAGCUCAUGCGGGCAUUGUGAAGCCAUUCAAGUACCUAUAGAUCCACAACUCAGAAAUGGGAACAAGAAUAUUUCAAAGUUGAACUUUGAUGCUGCUUACACCAGAGGAGUUGAUAACUCCAACUACAAGCCCAUGAGUUGGAAAUGCAGAUGUGGGAACUUCAUCUUCAACCCCUGAAAAUAUUGUUUGCCAGAAACAGAAAUUUAGGUCGCCCAACACCUUU